GUUGCGACUUUAAGGUCAGUAGUACAGAAGUGGACGGUAGACGCAUCAAUUUAAAGAUAUGGGACACAGCUGGACAAGAGAGGUUCCGUACAUUGACAUCGACUUACUAUAGAGGAGCUUCUGGAAUCAUAUUAAUGUAUGAUGUAACAAAUGAAACCUCAUUCAACAAUGUCAUUUGCUGGUUGGAAAAUAUAGCACACAAUGCUUCAAAAGAGGUUUGUAAAUUUUUGGUUGGCAAUAAAUGCGAAAAAGAUGGCAGGGAAGUUGAUUACAAACGAGGCAAAACAUUAGCAUCUGCCUAUGAAAUGCAGUUUGAAGAAGUCAGUGCUAAGCACAAUCUCAAUCUAGAAAAUGUUUUUCAAUUACUGUGCAAAAAUAUUGUGGAUCAAAGAUUAAGCCAUCAGCAUGAUCUUGAGGAAGCUUUCAAGGAAAAUAAAGUUGAAUUAUCUAGCAAAUCAAAAAUGUCUAAAUGGUGUGGCUGUUGAUGAUGACUCCAUUGCAAAGGGACUAAAGGACUAAUUGUAAAUACACUGAUACUAAUUCAUCAUGUUCCUGAACUAAGUUGUGGUGAGGGUAGCAUAGUGCAGUUUGUUUCAAAUCAUUGGUAUGGUAACCAUUCUGUGUGUGACGCAGCAUGGACACCGUUGUGUGUUCCAGUACAGGAAGCUGUUCCGGGUUAGACAAGACUUUUUGAUACCUUGCUUAGCGAACCCGCCAACUGCAAAUAGUGAUAAUUUCGAAUAAAAAGAAAAUAUUUUCGGACAAUUAGCGCACCCGCUGCCUUGAAAUCUGCAAAGAUAAGAUAUGUAUAUUUCUUCCUAAUUAUAUAAAUUUGAAGCAUUUUUAACCAUCCUAUUACAUUCUCCAAUAACAUUUUUUUUUUAUUUUCUUCUCUGACUGGAUGAUUUAGGCAAAACUUUUUGCUAAAUAAGAAAAUAAAAAUUAAAUUUUUAUUUUUCUUACGCCCUCCUCUGAUGAUCUUUAAAAAAAAUAACUACGUGAAACAAGAAAUAAAAAGAGUCUCGCCUUGUAAUGCUCUAUUUUUUGGAAGAGACAUUUCAGCUGUUUGUCCUGUGUACAGAAUGGUCCAUGUUGAUGUUAAAGAAUUUUACAAUUUUUCAAAAAAAAUUUGGUGACUCAGGGAGUUGUUAUAGUGACGUUUACCAGUGUACUGCAUAAUUCACCUGCAGCAAAUCUAAAGAGGUGUAAGGCCUGACCCCCAAAAUAUGUUUGAACCCACAUGUUCCCCCCACUACUGGAAAUUUCCUGAAUGAAAAAAAAAAAAUCGCACUCAAGUAGUUAAAAAUCACUUUGAAUCAACUCAUUCUACUGCUAAUGCCACUCACUUUCCUAUUACAUGUUCCCCAAUAUUCUCCUAACAUCAAUUCCCAUAAAUAUGCCACAUUAUAUCACCAGGGGUUGUGGUGUACUGCAGCCGCCUAGUGUCAUAGAUAGGGACUAGCCCAAAUUUCAAAAGAACAGUUGAGUUCCUUUAUUAUAUUUAAGGACAAACUAUACAGAUAAGAACUACCGCUACUAGAAUGGUAGAAGCUAAGAGCCACUAUAAUAGAUCAGGGAACGGUGUAAUUUCACUGUUCCCUGAAUAGAUGAUGAGCAGGUCAAAAAUCUUUUAUCUACUGAAGAGUGUGAAAACAAAACCAGACAACUAUUAUAACAUCAUUUGUAAAAAUUUCUAAAUUAAACAUCAUACGUGUGCCUGCUAUAAACAAAACAAAAGAAUUAUUUUAACAUGACAAUUCUUAGACAUGAUUGGUUGCUAGGUUUAUUAACUGAGAACUAAAAUAUGAUUAUUCAGACAAUAUCAACACUUUUCAAGAGUAACCACGCUCCUUAAUCAACAGAAUUCAUGCAGCUGUUGUGUACACAAGUCAAGUGGACAUAUGCAUGAUACAUACAACUUCCCUGUAGAUAGAGAGUUAUCUACAAUAUCCACAGACUUCAAAGUUAAAAAUUAAUUUUAGCAAUUUAUUAAAUUUGGUUCCAUUGUUGUCCAUAUGGUGUGUUUUAUGAUGGAUGCUGUCAUGUGGUAGGAAUCCCAGAUGGUGCUGCAGCAGGUGCCAUGUGGCAGGAUGCCUAGAUGCUGUAGCAGCAGGGUGCUAUGUGGUCAAAAAUGCUGCAUGUACGUGCCACUUUGACAGUAGCAUCAGAUAAUGCAGGGGCCUGUGUCAUGUGCUAUAUUGGGAGAGUUUCUAAGUGACUUUGUACACUAUGCUAUGGAUUCCCAGAUGAUACUGCACUAUUGUGCCAUGUGGAGAGGAGUUAUGGAAGGUGUCACACCCCAUAUUGACCAGAUGGUGUCUACCAUUAAGGCGAAAAAACCUUAGUGUUGCUCAUGCUCAAAAACCUUGAAUCGGUGGCUUCUUUUUUUUUGCAAAAAAAAUAAAAAAAUUGCACAAAUGAGCCAAAAAAUACUUGCGAUGUUUCUUGUGAUGCUGUAGACAACUUUUCCAGCUUCAUAAAUUAUAUAAUUGACCCAGAUUUUACAUCUGAGUUUAUCGCGCUUUAUCGACCAAAAUGCAUGGUGGAAGAAUGAUGGUUGGUACAAACACGUAGAAUUAGUUCUAUAGAUAAAAUUCUGACGCCUUCCAAAUGUGUUGCUAUGCUUAGCAAUACGAUAACUGUUUUUAUGCCUAAUUAGUAUUGAGCAAGUUUACAUAAAAUGUAGAAUCAUAUACCUGUACAAAGUACACUAUUUAAGUCCAUGCACAAAAUUAGUAAUUCUAAUAAGUUGACAUUAUUUGACUUUGGUUUUUAAAACUAAAACCAUAAAUUCUUUAUGAUGAAAUUAUUUUGAUAAUGACUGCAAAUGUUGGCUAAUAAUUUAUUUUGUAUAUUCAUAAAACUGUACAAUAUUUUAUAUUUGAUUUAAAAAAACUUUUUUUUAUUAAGAUCCUGACAAUUCUAAUAUACAGUCACUGCAAUUAUGGAAACUUUGUUUAUAAAUACAGAAUAUGGAUGUUAGAAAUGGGUGUAGUAGGGUUGUUUAUCACGCCACCCUUAGCCAAAAACUUGAAUGCUUUCACACUACAGGCCUUGAAUGUGGUUCAACCCACAGAGAUUGUUGUUAUGCUUUGUUACUUUUAUUUGUGCAUCAGUAUGUCAUAUUUAUUGUGACUAUUGUUCCCUUAGGAAUGUUAUUUAAAAAAUGAAUUAUUGUUUUGUAUAGGAAUGGUUGGAUGUUUUAUGUACCAAGAGCAGCUUGGAGUGUGUAGUUUAUAUUAAGUGCAAUAUAGUUAUCUGUUGUAUACAUUAAUAGACUCAUUUUGAUGUUUACUUAAGACAAAACAAUGAUGCAGUAUAUUGUAUGUGUGGAAUUUAAAAAUUAUUUUUUUUAUUUAAGGUUUUAGCUUUUAAAAGAAAAUUAGGAAUAAGAAAAUAUUAAUUAUAUACUAAAAUUAUGUAAAUCAGUGAUAUUGAUCUGUUUUUUAUUGGAAUUUUAUAAUUUGUUAUCCUUUCAAAUGAGGAAUGUAAUGUUUUCAUUGGAUUUUCCAAUUCUUACCAGACUUUACGUCACAAAGGGUAUCUUAGAAAACCUCAAUUCAUACAUCACAAUUAAAUAUUGGAAAAUGUUCACCUUAAUUGAAAAUAUUCACUUUAAUAAAAAAAAAAAACCAUUUAUAUACAUU